AUGUUUCGGACCGGAAUUCGUCGAUGCGGCGCCUUGGCCCGCGUUGCGACGACCAGCACCAAGCUGCUGAGCGCCCGCGCAGCCUUCCCGGCCUCCUUCUCUGGAGCCGCAUCUGUGUCUCGAUCAGUUGCGCCUCUGAAGAGCUUUGCGCAGUUCAACCGCCUGUACAGCGCCGAUGCUGCUGUCGCGGAGGAAAACACUCCCGAAAAUGCUGCCCCCGUCGGCGAGAUCACCUCGUUCCGGGACCUGGAGGCGAUUGGUGUUCAUCGCAACUUGCUGGACGCAAUCACUCAGGAUAUGCGAUAUGAUACUAUGACGCCUGUCCAGGCGAAGACGAUCACUCCUGCGCUCAAGGGAACUGACAUUGUUGCUCAAGCCAAGACCGGCACAGGAAAGACGAUUGCCUUCCUGCUCCCUCUCCUACAACGCAUGAUCGCAGAAGACCCAACUCUGGCCACCCGAAAGGCGUCCCGGACCGCCAGAUCGGACGACAUCCGCGGUAUCGUGCUGUCGCCCACCCGUGAGCUUGCCGAGCAGAUCGCCACCGAGGCGAGGCGACUUUGCAGGCGCACCGGCUUGGUCGUGCAGUCUGCCGUCGGCGGUACUCAGAAGUCUGCCAUGCUGCGCCAGACACAGCGCCAGGGAUGCCACCUCCUGGUCGCCACCCCGGGCCGCUUGAACGACCUCCUCGAGGAUCCCAACAGUGGUAUCGACGCCCCUAAGCUGGCGGCGCUGGUAUUGGACGAGGCCGACCGGAUGCUUGACGUCGGUUUUGAGAAGGAGCUCAACGCCAUUCAGAGCUACCUGCCCAAGGACAAGGUCAGACAGACGAUCCUGGUCUCUGCGACCAUCCCCGAUAAUGUCAUCCAGCUUGCUCGCAAGAUGGUUCGCCCUCACGAUUUCGAAUUUGUCCAGACGAUUCCCGAGAACGACACCCUCACCCACGACAGAAUCCCCCAGCACGUUGUCACCGUCUCGAGCUGGGCUAAUGUGUUCCCUUCGCUGUUUGAGCUGGUCGACCGUGAGGUUGCGGCUGCCAAGGAGGAUCCCACUGUCCCUCCUUUCAAGGCCAUCGUCUACUUUAACACAACUUCCAUGGUGGAGCUUGCCGGCGAGCUGGGUUACCAGCGCAGGCAGAGCGGCCAGCUGAGGAUUCCCACAUUCGCCAUCCAGUCUCAGCUCAGCCAGCAGCAGCGGACAAAGGCCGCCGAUAUGUUCAGGAACUCCAGGAGCGGUAUUCUCUUCUCGUCCGACGUCACCGCCCGUGGCAUGGACUUCCCCAACGUCACCCACGUUAUCCAGGUUGAUGCUCCCAGGGAGCGCGAAUCCUACAUCCACAGACUUGGUCGUACCGGUCGACAGGACAAGGGUGGUGAGGGCUGGCUCUUCAUCCCCCCCAUGUCGGCAAACCCUGCUCGAAAGCUGCUGCGAGGCCUUCCCCUGAAGCCCAACAAGACCCUUGAGAGCGCCGAGGUCGACCUCAACGCAGUGGAGGAGCUGCCCGCCUACCAUGAGGAGACGAAGACCCUCAUCCAGGCCAUCCCCAGGAAGAUGCUGGCUGGCGCGUACACCUCACUAUUUGGCGGACAGGUCUCGGACAGAGAACAUCUUGUUGAGGACUUGAACGACUGGGCUGUCAAGGGCUGGGGCUGGCCAGAGCCUCCUGCGGUCUCAUCCAGCUGGGCGAGGAACCAGGGCCUCAUGAACGCCGGACUCAACAUCCAGGACGGCCACCAUGAGCGGAUGCACCGGGAUGAGAGGCGAGGCGGCGACCGUUUCGGCGACCGUCGCGGAGACCGUCGUGGCGGCGGCCGCUUCGAUCGCCGUGGUGGUGGUGCGUCUCAAGACCCAUUCAGCGAGAUGAAGCAGCGUGCGCGACGUGAUGGACCGCCGCAGCAGCACUCCAGGGGUCGCGGCCGACGAGGCGGAGGCUUCGAGUCCUCAUGGUAA